AUGGCGGCGGUCGCGGAGCACACGCACCACCUCCUCCGCAUGUUCCGCCACCCUCGCAGCCAGCAACAAGGGGCCGCCGAACAGCUCCUCGGCGCGUAUCGCGUGACGCUAAACGUGCGAGGGUGGUGGCGCAGCGUCGUGGUCGACGACUACUUCCCCAUCACGGAGGGCGGCAGCUACAUCAAUUGCGCGCAGAGUCGCCGCGAUGUGCGGGAGCUGUGGGUGCCGCUGCUGGAGAAGGUGUACGCUAAGAUGCGUGGCGGCUACUCUAACAUCAUCACUGGCGACCCGCUCAUGGCUCUGCGUGACUUCACUGGUUGGCCGUGCGCCCGCUACGACAUCGCACACUUCAACGACAUUUCUGUAGUGUCGUCCAGCUUCGCGUCGCGACUCAUGGGGUACGACCGGUACGGGUUUCAGGUCAUCCUGCACACGGCCCCCCGCUUCGACCUUGAUGGUGUGAUACGCCAGACCGACGUAGGUAUCUCACGAGCAGAGGUGUCUCUGCCUUCAGCGGCGGGGGCUUCCGGACGCGGCGCGUGCGCUGAUGCAGGCACGGUUCACGGGCUCCUUGCUGGGAUGGUGUACCCCGUCAUGCGCAUCUUGCGGUUUAACGCCAAUUCGUUUGGUGCCGAGCUGACGCUGCUCCAAGUGCGGAAUCCGUGGGGAGACGCAGCGGGGUGGAAAGGAAAGUGGCGGUGUGGUAGUCCCCUCUGGGAGCAGUGCCCGAAGGUUGCCACGGCAUGUCACAUGCAGGAGUGCCUACAUCGAGACGGCAGUGGCGGCAUGACGCCGUCAAAGAGCGAUCUCCGAGACAGAUCAGCGGCACCGGCGGCGCCGCAGACAGCCACCACGGCUUCUGGCGCUACCACUACCGCGUGCGCCUGUCGCCGCAACCAGUACAUCUGGGUAGAGUGGUCAGAGGUGUACCAGCACUUCUCCGGGUGUGGCGUCAUGUUCCGGCUCCCCCUUCACCACGACUAUCGCGUAAAAGGAGUGUUCGACACCACCUGCCCAUCUGUGUGCGUGCGGGUGUCGGUCGCGGCGCGCACCUUCAUGGGUGCCAUGCUCUCUAUGAGCGACACAGUCGGGGACAGAUCCUUGGCGGCGACAGACACGGAGGACGCCAGCACAUACCCGCCCAUCAUGCUCACGCUGGCGCGAGAGGAAGCUGGCGUGCUCCAGGUCGUGCGCAACUCGCAGACCGACCCUGACAAUCCGACAACGCGCUUUACCUUUAUGCAAGCGCUCGACGCGAGUCUCUUCUACCCACUGACACCGGAGGACUCGCCAUACUGGCUGAUCCCUCGGGUCCUCGCACCCCAGCUGCCCAACGCUGCUGCCGCUGCUGAUGGCGGCGCGAAUGUCCCGGCACCGCAUCCUCCACGGCUGCCGUAUGUGCUUGGUCUCUUCCAAGAAAAACCAGCAGGAGAAAACGGGUGGCGAGCCGAAUUCUACCAUCUGCCGCCGACAUCCGGAGCCUUUCGGAACCGCAUGUCGUUUUCUCUGGGCAGCGACGUGCAGUCGGUGGCGACCAUCUUCCAGGCCAAGGCACCUCACGCGGCCUUCCCAAAAACUUACAUGCACACGGAAGUGUCAGAGCGGGAAGCAACACCGGUGGACGAGUUUGGUCAUGUUGCUCAGGCGUGA